UCUCGUGCAGCCUCGGCUAUUUCCGGACGCCGGGCUCAGGUCGAGUCCCCGCCCCGCUUCAUUCCUGCGUUGUUUGGGGACAGUAGGAAGAUGGCGGCGGCCCCGCUGUACUGUGUCUGCCGGCAGCCGUACGACGUGAGCCGGUUCAUGAUCGAGUGCGACAUCUGCAAAGACUGGUUCCACGGCAGCUGUGUGCAGGUAGAAGAGCAUCAUGCCGUGGACAUCGAUGUUUACCACUGUCCCAACUGUGAUGUCGUACACGGACCCUCCCUGAUGAAAAAGCGCAACAACGGGCACCGGCACGACUACACCGAGCUGGACGACGGAGCAAAGCCAGUUCAGGCCGGAACCCCGGUGUUCGUCAAGGAGCUGCAGAGCAGGACCUUUGCCAGUGGCGAGGAGAUCCUGAUGCGCAUGAAGGGCGAGCAGGUGACGCCCAGGUACCUGGAGAGACACGGCUUCAACUACCCCAUAGGGGUCACCGAGAUGGAGGGUCUGGGACUCAAACUACCACCCCCGACUUUCUCCGUCCAAGACGUGGAGCAGUAUGUGGGUGGGGACAAGGUCAUCGAUGUGAUCGACGUGGCGCGGCAGGCGGACAGCAAGAUGAAGCUGAGCGAGUUUAUCAAGUAUUUCACCACGUCCCAUCGGCCCAAGGUUCUCAACCUCAUCAGCCUGGAGUUCUCCGACACCAAGAUGUCGGAGUUGGUGCGGGUUCCCGACGUGGCCCAGAAGAUGUCCUGGGUGGAGAACUACUGGCCCGAUGACUCCUUCUUCCCCAAGCCCUUCGUCCAGAAGUACUGCCUCAUGGGUGUCAAGGACAGCUACACAGACUUCCACAUAGACUUCGGAGGCACCUCUGUCUGGUACCACGUUCUCUGGGGUGAGAAGAUCUUCUACUUGAUCAAGCCCACUCCCGCCAACCUUGCACUAUAUGAGGCAUGGAGCUCCUCUACCAAUCAGAGCGAAGUGUUCUUCGGGGACAAAGUGGAAAAGUGCUACAAGUGUGUCGUACCCCAGGGAACCACCCUGCUCAUCCCUACAGGCUGGAUCCAUGCUGUUCUCACCUCUCAGGAUUGCAUGGCUUUUGGAGGGAACUUCCUUCACAACCUCAACAUUGGCAUGCAGCUCAGGUGUUAUGAAAUGGAGCGUCGUCUCAAAACCCCAGACCUCUUUAAGUUUCCGUACUUCGAGGCCAUCUGUUGGUACGUGGCCAAGAACCUCCUGGAAAUGCUGAAAGAGCUACGUGAGGACAACUGUCCACCACCAACCUACCUAGUGGAGGGAGUCAAGGCUUUAAUCACUGCACUGAGGACCUGGUUGAAAAGAGAGGUGACCGAGCCCAGCAGCGAGGUACCCGACCAUAUCAGGCCCAACCAUCUCAUAAAAGAGCUGACCAAGGAAAUCCGCCACCUGGAGGAGGAACCAGUCGGUGUUAGCAAGCCCGUGAAAUCUCAGGGAAGUGGGUGCGGAGUCACCGCAUCUGGCUCGAGCGCCUGCCCGGCCACUCGCUCCACGCUGGAGAGGCUCUGCCAGGCAAGGCGGGCGAGGCGAGCGGCACGACGGCUGAGGGAGCAGCAGCGGCAGGAGCCCACGGCGCCCUCCAACCUGGACAUUUUGGAGCAGCACACCAGGGAGGUGCUGAGGCGGCUGGAGGUGGGACCGCUCGAGGAGGAUGCGGCGUUCUGUGCCACGGUUCACGGGAAGCUCAACAAAGUGUCUACCGCAUCGGCCGCCGCCGCAGAGUCGUUGGAGGACAACCACCUACGGCUGAUGCUGGUGAACGGCAGAAUCAUCAGAGACAUGAGGCGGCCGGUCAGCAGCCCGGAGAAGACGGAGGGCGAGCGGACAUCCGACGGCCAGUGUCCACCAAAGAGUUGUGUGGAUGUGAAGUCGGAGCGGAUGAAACCCACGCUCCUCAGCACGUCACCACCGACUGACUGGGGUCUGGAGAGAGUGAAGACUGAACUCAGGGAAGAAGCCUCAGGACACUCGAGUGUGACGGACUCGGACUCGGACAGUGACUCUGCCACAGAGCGUAAAGCAUCGUCGUCGUCGUCCUCGUCGUCGUCAUCGUCAUCUUCCGACGAGGAUUCGGGGAGUUCGCAGGAGGAGGAGGGGGAAGAGGAAGAGAGGGGCUCAUCUCAGCAAAAAGGCUCAGGGCACACCAUAGAGCUGGACCAGUCUGGCCAGACACUCAGGCACAAACACAAACCACUCAAACGAGACCGUCCUACCUCACCCAGCACAGAAGAGGCCAUUCAGGGGAUGCUGUCGAUGGCCGGCCUGCUGUGCUCCUCCGAGCCCGAGAAGGCCGCCUCGCCCCAGGAGCCCUGGUGGUCCAGCCCGAGCCAGAGGGAGGCAGCGCAGCACCAGCGCCUGCUUCAGGCGGACAAGAGCCCGAUGGACAGCCAGGGCAACAGCAGCGAGGCUUGGGACAAUCAGGGGCUGCCCAGCCCCCUCGGACGAAGCCACGGCAACAGCCCGGAGACAGACUUUCAGUACUGUGACCCCUCCAUGUCUCCGCCGCUGCACCCUUCCAAGAGGCACGCCCCCAACCCCCCGCCCAUCAGCAAUCAGGCCACGAAAGGCAAGAGGCCCAAAAAAGGAAUGGCUACAGCCAAGCAGAGACUGGGAAAGAUCCUGAAACUCAACAGACACAAUCGUGUCUUUGUGUAAAAACUCAAAAAAAAACAUCCAGAGGCAAAAAAAAAAAAUACCC